AGGCAGAUGCAACGUGUUACAUCCAAACGGCUCAAAGUUGUCCGUGAGGACCAUCAGUCAGUCACAGCACGGUCACCUUUGAUGGCCGGUGCGACGGUUGGACUGAAUCUGCGUGGUAUCGUAUCGGCGGUGAUUGGCCUUAUAAAAGAAUGGAUGAGCUGGUGCAAGAUCUAGUCUCUGAUCUGGAGGAAACUUCUGAGCACACACAAAAGUAUGCCAAUUUUGAAGAUGAAGCCUCCCACAACUCAACAUCGUACUUACUGAUGCCUCAGGCUAGGAAGCGGAGAGUCGGGAGGAGACGAAUGGACAUUGAACAUCGGAUCUGGGAAUUUGGUCAAUGCAUGAGUGAUGUUUCUGAAUCUAGCCUGGAGGGCACAAUUCAUGACUACACAGAAAAUAACAAUUGCAAUGAUUCGGAUGACCAUCUCUCAGUUGCCAAGCGUCUGUCUUCCCUGAACGUGACAGCAAUCAGACGGAAAAGGCAAUCCUGGCAUGAGUCAGAUUCCAUCACGGAUAGCAACUUAAUUGGUAGAUCUUUGCAAAGGAGAAAUAUGGUCAAACGUAUGGCUAUAGAUUCACCAGCAGAGGUCAGCAAUACACUUCACCCAUUGACCCAGGGCAAUGUUCCAGCCGCAAGCCCAGAAAGAAGCCAAGUACAAAUAAGCCAGCUCCAUUUCCAUUUCCAAGUCCAGGACAUCAGCAAAGACAAGAUCAUCAAGCCAAAGCGACUGCAAGUCCCAGAUGAAGGAGUUGGUGUUGAAAGUGAAGAAAUAUGCAACACAAAUAGAGACAAGAUGGAGUAUGAGGAGCAGAAAGUCUCAGAUGAUAGCAUGAGUGACAGUGAAUCGAGCAGCCUCAGCAGCAGCGAUCUUGGCUUGUUUACCAAUGAUGAAGGAAGGCAAGGUGAUGAUGAACAAAGUGACUGGUUCAUUGAGGGAGAAUCGGGUGGGGCGUGUGGUAUUGCAGGGGUCAUUCCCUGGUGGGAGCAUGAAGAUGCCACAGACCUGGAAAGGGAACUGCCAGAUCCAGUAUUUGAGGGCAUCUUAACGGGCACGUUCCCUCUCAUGUCACAAGAAGCCCAGAGAGGUUUUCAAAGAAGACUCUCCCAACUGUCUGGAAUGGGAAACAGAAAUGGCAGAAAGGGAUCCAAGACGUUUUCUACAAAGGUAAGCAUAUUAUUUUGUCCUAUAUAG